UCGCUCAUCGCAGCUGUCAAUCACCCGGCGGUUUCUUUGAUCUUUGCUCUUCUGAAGCGCGACUGUUUGUUACUUUCAGGUCGCGCGAGCGCGUCACAGCAUAAAGAAGUUUCCUCUCUCUCGCGCGCGUGUGUGUCUCAACUCUUCAGAAGAAGAUCAGCAGAACAUCUGAAGAGCUUUAGUGAAGAACAUCACUGCUGAAGAAGUUGGUUUGGUGACCGGGAGGAAGAUGCCGCAGCUGAACGGUGGCGGGGGAGAUGAUCUCGGGGCGAAUGAUGAGAUGAUCGCGUUUAAAGAUGAAGGAGAUCACGAGGAGAAGAUCCGCGAGAGCGCGUUUACGGAGAGCGACCUGGCUGAUCUCAAAUCAUCUCUGGUGCACGAGUCCGAAAUCAACUCCAGCACUGCAGUGAUCAGAAGAGGACACACUGAAGAUCAGAGGGUUUACAGUGAAAAGCGAGAUCAUCUAGAUGAAGUGCCAAAACAUCAAGAUGGUGGGAUGUAUAAGUCGCCGUACUCUGGAUAUCCAUUUCUGAUGUUACCGGAGCCGUACCUGCCCAAUGGAUCCGUCUCACCAUCAUCCAACAAGGUGUCUGUGGUUCAGCAGGGAAUGCAUCCAUUAACUCCACUGCUGCCGUAUGAUCACUUCAGUCCCAACCCGACUCACAUCUCUACAGACGUCAGCCAAAAAACAGGUGUUCACAGAGCUCAGUCUCAGGACAUCUCUAGUUUCUACUCAUUGCCUCAGGGUCAGAUCACUCCCUCCAUGAACUGGCCCAAUCAGCCUGUUUAUCCUCUGCCGUCCUGUGGCUUUCGUCAGUCUUUCUCCUCCAGUCUUCAGAGCAGCUCCUCGUAUCCCAGGUUUUCUCAUUCCCUGAUGCUUCAGCCUGGCAUGCACCCUACAGGGAUCCCUCAUCCUGCUAUUGUGCCCUCUUCAGGCAAACAGGAGCAUGACCAUUACGAAAGGAACCUGUAUCAAAAGCAUCACGGAGAGUCAAAGCGUGAGAAAGAGCCGAAGAAGCCGGUAAUAAAGAAACCUCUGAAUGCCUUCAUGUUAUAUAUGAAAGAGAUGAGAGCUAAAGUCAUCGCUGAAUGCACACUGAAGGAAAGUGCUGCUAUCAAUCAGAUCCUGGGCAGACGGUGGCACGCUUUGACCCGUGAGGAACAGGCUAAAUACUAUGAAUUGGCCCGUAAAGAGCGACAGCUUCACAUGCAGCUUUAUCCCAGCUGGUCUGCUCGAGACAACUAUAAUCUGGACCGUCAUUUGAUAGACCCGCCCCACACACACGCAACCAAGACAACGAUGUCGGGUAAAAAGAAGAGAAGAAAACGAGAUAAGCAGGACUCCAGUACAGACCCCGGCUCACCAAAGAAAUGUCGCGCUCGCUUUGGCCUCAACCAACAGACGGACUGGUGCGGCCCGUGCAGGAGGAAAAAGAAGUGCAUUCGCUACCUUCAGAGAGGACGCUGCGCCAGCCCCCAUUCUUCCGAUGGAAGUGCUAUAGACUCCCCUCCUUCACCUGUCUAUCACCUGCCAAACCCCGCCUCUCCUCCCCACCGCUCCUCCUCGUGCCCCGCCUCCCCAGUCAGCAGUCCCCGCCCACCGAACGACAAACGGCCCUCCCACCCAACCAGACACUCGCUCGACUUCAACAGAGUUAAAACAGAGAGCACGAGACAUCAGACACAAUGACGUUCAGACUGACACUGAAUUUCAAUAAAAACACAUGGGUCAGAUGGGGUGCAGUCUCGUCGUUCAAGAACUCGUGGCACUGGAUCUUCUAAUGGAUGAACGUCAUCAUGAUGGGUCACAAUCUACCGUUAAAUCAAAAGAAAAACAAUGCAUUUUAUGUUUGUUGUCAGCAUGGAGAAAAUAACUUUAUCUAACCCCUCAAAUCAGAGGGAAAUAAUAGGUCAACUGACCCUAAACCUAAUCAUCCAAUCUGAUUGGUUAAAAUAAUUACUCUAUGGUGAAACACUCAUUGUUUUUCUAUUGGUUUGAGGUUAAAUAUAAGCCGUCAGCUCUCCGUGUUGCCGAUUGGUGGUAAAGUUUAGGAUGACAUCAUUGGACUGUGAGGAAAAGUCUUAUUACAAUAUUUUUACAUCAGCGUAAACUUGGUCAGUUCUCAUAAACAUUCUUUUAUGAUUAAAUAAGUGUUGUAAAACGUAAUCUUUUAUAAAUAUGAACAUCAGUAAACUUUUGUUUUUAUGUAAAAAGAAAAUAAGAAAAAAAAGCAUUCCUUUGCCAUUCGCUUUAUUCAAGUGCCAUUUUAUAGCUUUUGCUGUGUAGAUCCGAGUUAAUGUGUUGUGCCUGUCAUACAUGAAAUGAAGUAUGUGCAUCAUGUUUUUUUUUCACAUGUUUCUGUGUCUAGCGGUCAUUUUGUAUCUCUCAGGUCUGUUCUCAAACUCUUGUACCGAGACUGAGGGCGUACGUGUUGUGUGUAUCAAACAUCAACUGUCCCAAGAAAUACAUGCCAAGAUAUUUCAUCUGCUCAUUUUCAUUUGUCUUUGCUUUUGUUGUAACAAUAAUCAUUCUUUAGUUUUAUUAAAAUAUUUUGUAAAAUCUG